UGAGAGGAGAGCACAGCCAGAUAUACAGGAAACGGGUGAAUACCUGAGGCAGAGCUGAGUGUUCCUGCCCUGGGAGCCAGGGCCACCCCAUGACCCUGCUCUGUGGGUGUGGGACACAAAUGAGCCCUGGUGGUAGCUCUCAGUUCAUACCUGGCUCACCUGUGACACAUGCCAUUCCCAUCACCCUUCCUCUUCUCUCAGCAUGACUGUGCAGGGAGGAAGUGUUUGCAAGUGUGGGGAUGUGGUGGGAGUGGAGGGCAGCAGGAGAUGUGGGAUUUGGGGAGCUGCACUGCAUCUCAUGGAGCACCUCUGUUGUUGCAGGAGUGCCGGAUUGCUCACCCCAUUGUUAAAUGCACUUACUGCAGGACUGAAUUCCAACAGGAAAGCAAAACCAACACGAUAUGCAAGAAGUGUGCUCAGAACGUGAAGCUCUAUGGCACACCCAAACCCUGCCAGUACUGCAACAUCAUAGCAGCAUUUAUUGGAAACAAAUGCCAGCGUUGCACCAACUCGGAGAAGAAGUAUGGCCCCCCUCACUCGUGUGAGCAGUGCAAGCAGCAGUGUGCUUUUGACCGGAAGGAUGACAGGAAGAAGGUGGAUGGAAAGCUGCUGUGCUGGUUGUGCACACUGUCCUAUAAACGAGUUCUGCAGAAGACCAAAGAGCAGUGCAAACACCUGAGCAGCUCUUCCCGAGCCAGCCUGCAGGAGAAGGAGCAGUUCAGUAGGCUCAGCAGUGGCAGCCACUAUAACAGCCAGAAAACCUUAUCCACGUCUUCCAUUCAGAACGAAAUCCCAAAGAAGAAAGCCAAGUUUGAUGCCAUAUCUGCCAAUGGUGACAGUUUUUCUCCAGACCUCGCCCUGGACUCCCCUGGCACCGACCACUUUGUCAUCAUUGCCCAGCUGAAGGAGGAAGUGGCUACUUUAAAAAAGAUGCUUCACCAGAAGGAUCAGAUGAUUUUGGAGAAGGAGAAGAAGAUCACAGAGCUGAAAGCUGACCUGCAGUACCAAGAAUCACAGAUGAGGGCAAAGAUGAACCAAAUGGAGAAGACACACAAAGAGGUCAUGGAGCAGUUACAGGCCAAGAACAGAGAACUCCUGAAGCAAGCAGCUGCCCUGUCAAAAGGCAAAAAGCCUGAGAAGUCAGGAGCAAUAACCUCUCCUUAAAGCCAAGCCCCCAGCCUGGGAGCUUUGGCCAGCAUUAGCCGAGGAGCCUGGGAGCCCUGCUGGAUCGCUGGAAGCCCAAAGCUCUGUGUUGUCACUGUCCCCCUGCUGGGGGCUCCAUGGCAUUCCUGGUGCGUGUUACCUUCUGACAGCAUGCCUGAGUGUGGCUGUUUCGAUCCAUGGGGAGAGGUCCCAGCCUUCCUAAAUCCCCCCUGAAGUACUGUUUUCUGGAAGAAAACUUUUCCUAACCAGUUGCUACCACUGCCAGCCCUUUCUGUGAGCAAAUAGGAACCUGCUGCAUUAGUGGCUCCUUGCUGGCUCCCAGCCUGCUGCUGUGAGGGAAUUGCCAUGGCCAGUUGUUCUGCAGAUAAAAUGGGAGCUGGAUCUUUUUUUUUCUUGAACUAUUCCUUCUUCAAAAGAGAGCUGAGAACUCACCAGCCCAACAGAUGUUCCUGGAAGGUUGUGCCACUGCUGACAACAGUUGAUCCAGCUUUUUGAAGAUGCUUCCAAAAUGGGAGCCAUGUAUUUAUCUUGGAAGAUUUUUGUGUUUUGUUUUGUUUUUUUCUUCUUUUCUCUGUCAACUUGGCAAACCAAACUGCCUGGUUUUGUGUUUCCUUGUUUUUCUGAUUAGAGCUUUUGGGUUGGGAGCCAAAGUGGAAUGAUAGAGCCCCCAACCCACCCAGAAUUCCCCCUCCCAGUGCCCUGGUUACGUGGUGACCUCUGGGAUUUUGAUGAUUUCUGAAGCUUGGUGUGAUCAAGUGUCUCUUACUCCAUUUCUUUACACAGAGGGAGUUCAAGGCUUGGAUGUUCCCUCUCUUCCCCCUUUCCCUGCCUCUUUCAGAUGCAGGGGCCAGGUUGGCUCCGGGAAGGCACUUACUCAGGCAGCGACCCGAUCCAGGGAGUGUUUUUUGGGGCACUCCAGGGAUUUUUCUCACUGCUGAUUCCAAACCAGCAGGAUCAAAGGGCUAUGAGAGUUCCCUGUACCAGGGAUGUGCUGCCCCAAAACAGCACAGCUGCCACUGGCCCUUACAGCCAGACCAGCUAGGUCCCCCCAGGCAUCUCUUUUGGGGUGGACAAAAAGCACUUGGAGGGGGAGCACCACACAACUCCAGGCUGGCAGGAGCUCCUCAACAUCCUGAACUCCAGACAGGGAGUGGAGAAACAUCUCAGGGCUUGGAGACCCCCGAGCAGGGGCUGAAGGUAGGUAGAAGAACUCAUGCUUUUGCUGCAGGGCGGCUGCUCCAUCAGGGCUUUGAUGAAGCUUUUAACUAGAGCUUGUGAUUACCUUUUUCAUCCUUUUGUUUCUUAUUUGUUGCUAAAGUUGAUUUUACUCAAAGGCACUUUUUUGGGAUGAUGUUGGCUUCUGGCACGGAAGGAGCAUGUUUCAUUGAACGCUGCCAUGUGUUUGUUUUUGGUUUUUCUAAGAGACUUUUGAUGUGAAAACAAGCAAAACCAGAAAUUGUUACACUUUGCCUGAGUGUGGCAGCUGGAAAAACUCGUCCAAUUUUAUACUUUUAGAAAAUGAAGCGCAUUGGUGGGAGUUUUUUUAACUGUGGGCUUUCCUUUUUUUUUCCUUCCCUCGACAUACAGAAAUUAAAAAGAGGGAGAAAGGCCCUGUAAAUACUGUUCAGUUGGGUUUUUAAUCGUGAUAAAUUGCUCCUGCCGUCGCGUAGCUGAUUUGUAGCACCAACAUCGUUUCUUUGUAUGUUUGUAAUAAUGAGAUUUUAAAGGGAUGCUUUGAUUUGUACAAAUGACACCUGUAAAAGCAGUUUAAAAAAAUCCUCCUCCAUGGCUGAUACUUUGUUUGCUUUGAAAAGGGAAGAAGCCAAACCAACCAAAGUACAUCUCCCUGCCUGGAGCUGAUUUAUCUCCUGCUCUAGGGUUGGGAGUUAGGGGAAGGAGACAGUGUUUUCCCAUUGUUUGCUCUGCACCUACUUUUUUUUCUAUCUUUAAAUCCUCCCAUCCAGCCUGUUGCUAGGAUGCUGGUUACUUGGUUACAUCCAGCUUCCCAGGACCCAUCCAGCUGUGUCUGACGAGAUUUAUUCCUGAUCUCGGCAAGGGGAUGUGACUGGCACAGAGAGACCCACUCCUUUGGCUUGGAGGUUUUCUGUUUCCCAUGAGAUUUCCAUGAAGAAAAUUCAGCUGCCCCUCAUCUUUUUGCAAGGAAACCUCCAGAGGUCAGGGAGUUUAAAGGGGUUUUAACUUAGCCCCUUUUCCUUAUUCAUAUCCAGUGUCCUGGAGCACAUGGGAAUAGCAGCUCCUUCCUGCUGCUACUCCCAGAUCAAUGAGGAUCACUGACCAGUACAAACCAGUACACACCACAGUUUCUAAUGUUUGUGUUGCUGAAGCAGCAUCCAUCUGCCUGCAGUGCAGAAAUCCUGAUGGAGUGCUGGCAGCUCCUGUGGGCCAGGAUCACCUUGGGAGUUACCUUCCCUCCACACCUCUGAACGGUGCUGCUGCAGAAGAAGUGAGAAGAAACAGCCUCAAGGUGUGCCAGGGAAGGUUUAGAUUGGAUAUCACAGACAAUUCUUCCAUGGAAAGGGCUGUCCAGCCCUGGCACAGGCUGCCCAGGGAAGUUGUGGAGUCCUGGAGGAAUUUGAAAGCCAUAUGGGUGUAACAUUUGGGGACAAGGGUUAGGUGGUGGCCCCCAGUGCUGGGGGAACAAUUGGACUGGAUGCUCUUAAAGAUCUUUUCCAACCUGAAUGAUUCCAUGAUUCCAAUUCCCUUUUCCACCCCACAAAUGCUCUGGGCUUCCUUCUUCCAGCCCACAAAGCCCUAAUGCUGCAGGUUUUCACACUGGAGUCUGUGGUGGGGUGACCAGCCCCAGUGACAAUCCAGCUCCUGCUCUUCGAGCGGAGCAUGUAAGGGAAGGAAACACUGAAACAAAAUUCCACGUCUUACCUGCUCCAGGUGUUCCCUCAGAGUGUCCCUGUAUGGCCUCUGCUGCCCAAAAGCACCAGCUGGUGAAAAAGAGGGAGGUUGGCUGGGGACAACUCCAGCCUAAGGUAACACACCUUGAGCACUUUGCCUUCCCUUGCUCUUUUGCUUUCCUGGAGCACCAGACUUGUCCAGUCAGCAGGAUGGUAACCAGGGCACUGUCCCAAAAUAAUUACCUACUGUUGCUUGUUUUUAAAUCCCUAGAGAGAUUUUAAAGCGAUGUGGCACUUUGGGACAGGGGUUAGUGGUGGCUUUGGCAGUGCUGGGGUUAUAGUUGAACUUGAUGAUGUGAGAGGGCUUUUCCAAACUGAACAAUUCCACGAUUCUAUGCUGUUUUGCAGUGCCCAGCAUGGCCUGCUCCUGGCUCCCAGCAUGGAUGGCCAGGUGCUCCCUGCACCAGGCUGCUGUGGGAGGAGGGACACGCUGCUGGCAGCCUGAGCCAGCUGCUGUGUGAGCAGGAGCAUUGGAGCCAGCCGGGAAAAGUGCUGAGGCUGCAGGUAACCAGUGCUUGCCAGGUGGGCUGACAAGGGGUGAGGAGCAGAUGUGGGAUCCGGUGCUGCUCCAAAACCUGGAGCUCUGUGCCCACCCAGCCGUGCUGGCUGGGCCCCUCCUGUCCCUGUGUGACGUGCAGGAGUCGUCUGUGGGACAAAUGUUCUCCUGGCACAGCCCUUCAUGUCUUCUGAUGGGAUAUUUUUAUAUUAAAUAUUUGACGGCAUGUCUAGCCCAUCUCUUCAGCUGAAUCAUUGCCUGAUUCACAUCCACAGCCCUGUCCCUCUAAUAUCCAGAGCUUUUUGGGGACUACAAAGGGCAGA